AUGGACAAUAAUAACCGUGACAUGUUCUUGACACUCGAAACCUCUCUUCUCGUGCUUAUCGUUAGUUAUUUGCCUUUCAAAGAAGCAGUAAGGACAAGCAUCCUUUCUAAACAAUGGCGCAAUGUUUGGUGUGAGACGACAAACUUAGAGUUUCAUGAGAAAUUCUUUGUUAAUCUUGAAAAAACUGAUAAGAACCAGAGGAUUCAAAGGAGUUCCUUCUUUGAUUUUGUUAGGAAGUUCCUUGCAUGCUACCCAGGCUAUUCAAAAUUUUGCAAUGUCUUGCUCAAAACCAAAUGGUUUCCUUAUAGAUGUGCAAAACUUUGUCAUUUUUGCCAUCUCAAGAAAUGUGAGGGAGUUGGAACUUCUCUGAUCCUACAUGGAGAGAAGAAGAUGAUCCUGAGAAACAUCCAGCAGUUGUUGAAUUGCCUUUCCAGGUUCAAAAAUUUUACAGUCCUAAAGGGGGUUUCUUUAGGUUGGAUAGAGAUAAAUUUGGCUUCUAUCAAGACUUUGUUGUUGAGUUGUCCUUUGCUAAAGAGUUUGGGUUUAAAAAAGUGUUGGAACAUCGAUCACUUGGAGAUUUGUUUGCCAAACUGGAGGCUGAAGAAUCUAUACAUUGAUAAGUGCAAUUUCAUUCAAGAUUUCUUCUGGAUUGAGGGACCAAACUUACAAUUCUUGAAGUACUCAGGCAAAGUUGGCCGCUUUCACAUGUAUAAUCAGCGUGAAAUUGUGGAGGCUAAUCUUAACUUUGGAAUGGAGCCUGAAUUUGGUGAAAUUGGUUUACUUCUUUAUGAUUUCUUGCAAGAGUUUCUUGCUGUUAAAGUUUUAACUGUGUGUAGUGUUCUCCUUCAGGAUUAUGAACCUCCCUUUGAAUUAAAUCCUCAUGAAUUUUGGUCAAGGAACGCAAAAAUUGAUCAUUGUAUCCAUAGAAGCCUGAAGGUGGUGAACGUCAAGGGAUUUAAAGGCACAAUGAAUGAACUGUAUGUCCUGAGAUACAUAAUCAACUGCGGUCGCAAACUAAGGAAACUGAAUCUCUUUAUCGCCAACAAAGAAGAUGACAAUGGACAAAACAGGAAGAGUUAUAUGGCAAAAGCUCGCCUUGUUAAGAAGUUUCAAAGCUCCUCAAGGAAACUGCAGCUAUUGGUCUUCUAA